UGUAACCCUGUGGGACUCCUCCGGCUGAGAGUAUCUCUACAAGUUUAAGUCGAAUCCUUCUAUCCUGCGUCAUCAAAUUCGUGGUACUGAUUUUGAACCAGCGAAAUAUCGCUCAGCUGAAAGCCAAACUACAAGACAAGCAAUACUAUUACAAAAUGUGCGGCAACUUUAGACCAAGAAAAAUCUUCAACGAAUCGAAAACGUUCUGUCAUCGCUAUACUAUAGUCACUUAUUUCCUCUACUCUAUGGUUGGAGGUUCAGCACACAUAUCUGCACUGUUGCAUCUUGAUUCUGACCAGAAAGGCACAUACUUCACGGCCAAUGAAACUUGCUAUGAUUUUAUGCCGUACCUCUUCAUAGUACCAUUUAAUACUGAGACCACUGCUGGAUGCAAGAACGCGUUUAUUAUGAUGGAUGUUGGAUUGUGGAUUCUGGCAUCAUAUAUUGCUUCUUAUGACGCCCUAUUUUGUUCGCUACUGAUAUGUUUGAAAACAGAGCUACAUAUAUUGUGCGAAGCUACGAAAAAUAUCAGAGAACGGGUAAUUAUGAAGCUUGAAUUACCCGAAGACUACCAUGUAUUCAAGGAUGUAUUGCACCCUGAACUCGAAACUGAAAUGUAUGACGAAAUACGAAGACUUAUUUUCCAUUUGGAAUCCUUGUUAAAUGUGUGCAGUGAUGUUGAAGCUACUUUCAGCUACCCCACUUUAAUGCAAACAAUAACUUCAUUGAUAGUACUAGCAUCCUGUCUAUUCGUGAGUUCUGUAAUACCUUACACGGAUGCUCAAUUUUACUCCCUGGCAGAAUAUUCUGUAGCAAUCCUCUGCCAACUGUUAAUGAUCUGUUACUUUGGAAAUCUCAUAACUGAAGUGAGUAUGUCAUAUAGAUAUAGUCUAUACGAAUGCGACUGGUAUAGUAGCAGUCAAAGAUUUAAACAAGCAAUUUUGAUUAUGAUGUGUAGAAUUGAAAAACCGCUGUCUCUGACAAUUGGGAAGUUCUCACCGUUAACACUGAAUACCUUCGUUUCAGUUGUGAAAGGAUCAUUUUCAUAUGCGACUGUUUUCAAGAGAAUUGAGUAAUAACUAACUCAACGAUAAUCAUCCAAUAGCAGUAUUAGUAGUAUUAGAUAUAUUAGAAAUAUACAUUAGCAGCAUACAUGUUUC